GUCUCGAUAACAUUAAUUUGUCAUAUAAUGCUACGAAUGGCAGUGAUUUUGAAAUUGGAGUUACUAAAAUUGCAACCACAGCAGUGGACUGCUAUGGCAACCAGGAUGAAUGUGUCUUCCUUAUUAAUGUUGAAGACAAUGAAGCACCAGUGCUUGAAUGUCCCCCAAACCAAAACUUAACUGCAGAUUCUAACUGUAUGGCAACCACUACCUGGAUGCCACCGAAUGUCACAGACAACUCUGGGGAUACUUCCAUACCGGAAUGUGAUUAUGUAAAUGGAAGCACCUUUUCUGACUACAUUACAAUUGUAACCUGUAAUGCCACAGACAAUUAUGACAACACUGGAAAUUGUACCUUUACAAUUAAUAUCAUUGAUGAGACAGCCCCUAAUGUGACUUGCCCAGUUGACCUUGAGGUGUGCACUGACCUAGGAACAGAUUCAGUAGAUGCAACCUGGGAACCAGCCAAUGCAACUGACAACUGCUGUAGUGAUGUCAACAUAACUGCUAACUACACCAGUGGAGACCCUCUGAGCCUUGGUGUAUACACAGUAGGAUAUACAGCAACAGAUUGUAAUGGGAAUGUUGGUUACUGUCAAUUUACUGUUGAAGUUAAAGAUUGUGAGCCUCCGAAUCUUGAAUGUCCACCGAACCAAAAUGUAACAGGUGACGAGAACUGCUUGGCAAAUGUCACCUGGACAGCACCCAAUGUGACAGACAACUCUGGAGACUCUUUCACACCAGUAUGUGAUUAUAUAAGUGGAAGCAUAUUUGUUGAUGUCAGCACUGUUGUUACAUGUAAUGCCACUGACAAUUAUGAUAACACUGGCAAUUGUACAUUUACCAUUACUAUUUAUGAUGAUGAAGAUCCAGUCAUAAAUUGCCCAGCUGACAUAGAAGUUUGUGCUGAAACUGGUUCUAUGGCAGCAUCUGUCACUUGGGAACCAAUCAACGCAACUGACAACUGUUGUGACAAUGUAAACAUAACAUCAGAUUACACAUCAGGAGAUGAAUUUGAAAUUGGUGAAAAUGUAGUAACAUACAUAGCCACUGACUGUAGUGACAACUCCGCAUUAUGCAAUUUUACUAUUUUGAUUGCGAAGCACCUGUUUUGA